GCUCCCCCUGGCGGAGCCGGCGCGCCCCGGGGUGCCGCUCCCCGCCCUGCGCUCCGCGCCUGGAGGUGCCUCGCCCCUCUCCUUCCCUCCUCGCAAUCUCCCCGUGGCUCAGUGCUCUCCCGAGUCUCCGGCUCCUCGCCCUUCCACCUGUUUCCCCAGAAAGGCAGGAUCCUGGUCCCUGCUACGUUCCUGGGGCCAUGGCAGGCCUGGGCCCCGGCGGAGGCGAUUCAGAGGGGGGACCCCGGCCCCUGUUUUGCAGAAAGGGGGCUCUGAGGCAGAAGGUGGUCCACGAAGUCAAGAGCCACAAGUUCACCGCCCGCUUCUUCAAGCAGCCAACCUUCUGCAGCCACUGCACCGACUUCAUCUGGGACCCCCGAAACAAGCACAAGUUCCGUCUGCACAGCUAUAGCAGCCCCACCUUUUGCGACCACUGCGGCUCCCUUCUCUACGGGCUGGUGCACCAGGGCAUGAAAUGCUCCUGCUGCGAGAUGAACGUGCACCGACGCUGUGUGCGCAGCGUGCCCUCUCUGUGCGGGGUGGACCACACGGAGCGCCGUGGGCGCCUGCAGCUGGAAAUCCGAGCUCCGACUGCAGAUGAGAUACACGUCACAGUUGGCGAGGCCCGUAACCUCAUCCCAAUGGAUCCCAAUGGUCUGUCGGAUCCCUAUGUGAAGCUGAAGCUUAUCCCAGACCCUCGGAACUUGACAAAACAGAAGACCCGGACGGUGAAAGCCACACUAAACCCUGUGUGGAACGAGACCUUUGUGUUCAAUCUGAAGCCGGGGGACGUGGAGCGCCGGCUCAGCGUGGAGGUGUGGGACUGGGACCGGACUUCCCGCAACGAUUUCAUGGGUGCCAUGUCCUUCGGUGUCUCGGAGCUGCUCAAGGCGCCGGUGGACGGCUGGUACAAGUUACUGAACCAGGAGGAGGGCGAAUAUUACAAUGUGCCGGUGGCUGAUGCUGACAACUGCAGCCUCCUCCAGAAGUUUGAGGCCUGUAACUACCCCCUGGAACUGUAUGAGCGGGUGCGGAUGGGUCCCUCUUCCUCUCCCAUCCCUUCCCCAUCCCCCAGUCCCACCGACUCCAAGCGCUGUUUCUUUGGGACAAGCCCUGGACGUCUGCACAUCUCUGACUUCAGCUUCCUCAUGGUUCUAGGAAAAGGCAGUUUUGGGAAGGUGAUGCUGGCUGAGCGCAGGGGCUCUGAUGAGCUCUACGCCAUCAAGAUCCUGAAGAAAGACGUGAUUGUUCAGGAUGAUGACGUGGACUGCACCCUGGUGGAGAAGCGAGUGCUGGCCCUGGGGGGCCGAGGCCCGGGGGGGCGGCCCCACUUUCUCACCCAGCUGCACUCCACCUUCCAGACCCCGGAUCGCCUGUAUUUUGUGAUGGAGUAUGUCACCGGGGGCGACUUGAUGUACCACAUUCAGCAGUUGGGCAAGUUUAAGGAGCCCCAUGCAGCGUUCUACGCAGCGGAAAUCGCCAUCGGCCUCUUCUUCCUUCACAAUCAGGGUAUCAUCUACCGGGACCUGAAACUAGACAACGUGAUGCUGGAUGCUGAAGGACACAUCAAAAUCACUGACUUCGGCAUGUGUAAGGAGAACGUCUUCCCCGGGACCACGACCCGCACCUUCUGCGGGACCCCAGACUACAUAGCCCCCGAGAUCAUUGCCUACCAGCCCUAUGGGAAGUCUGUGGAUUGGUGGUCCUUUGGGGUUCUGCUGUAUGAGAUGCUGGCAGGACAGCCCCCUUUUGAUGGGGAGGAUGAGGAAGAGCUGUUUCAGGCCAUCAUGGAACAAACUGUCACUUACCCCAAGUCGCUUUCCCGGGAAGCUGUGGCGAUCUGCAAGGGGUUCCUAACUAAGCAUCCAGCGAAGCGCCUGGGCUCAGGGCCAGACGGGGAGCCCGCCAUCCGUGCUCAUGGCUUUUUCCGCUGGAUGGACUGGGAGCGCUUGGAGCGACUGGAGAUCGCCCCUCCGUUCAGACCCCGUCCGUGUGGACGCAGCGGCGAGAACUUCGACAAAUUCUUCACGCGGGCGGCGCCAGCACUGACCCCGCCAGACCGCCUAGUUUUGGCCAGCAUCGACCAGGCCGAUUUCCAAGGCUUCACCUACGUGAACCCGGAUUUUGUGCACCCGGACGCCCGCAGCCCCAUCAGCCCCCCGCCUGUGCCAGUCAUGUAAUCUGUCCUGCCGCCACUAGGUGUCCCCAUCGCUCCCUCCCUGCUCCAGCCUUAGCCCCUCUUCACCCCCUCUGCCAUUCUGUUCUUGCUCCCCAGCAUUCUAGCCUCUGCCCUGUGGGUGCUAGAUGCCCCUCCGCAGCGUUCCUGGCAUUCUAAACUCCAUACAGUCUCUAGAGCCUUACCGCGUUCUAGAUUCUGCUGUGCUGAGCCCUGGAUUCUCCCCCACCUCAGUGUUCUGGCCUCUGCUCUACCGGGUUCCAGAACCACUAACACUCUCCCAAUUCCAUGGGGUUCUAGACUCCAUUUUGGUAGACUCUGUGCCUCUCCUUUUUUUUUUUUUUUUUUUCCUUUCUGGGAAAUAGUCUCAUGGGGUGCGCUGUUCCAGACUUGGAUUCCAGAACAAACCCCCACCUCCGACCCCCCCAUCUCCACUCCAUUCUGGAGUAAGUGGGAGGCUGUGCCCCCAUGCUCCAGCGCUCCUCUUCUACACUCUAGGGAUUCCUGGGAUGUAUGAAGGAUUCUUAUUACCCCAGCUGUUCUCAAUCAGCUUUUGUUCUAGACGCCCCCACCCUAAACCCAUCACUGCUCGCCUGCCACGC